AUGGUGGGGGCUCGACAGAAGACUCCAAAGCCAGGACAUCCUCCUACUUCUGGAAUUGCACUGUCUGAUCCCUCCAAUAACUUAGCUCAAGGGCCUGCCAUCGUGGUCAAUGUUGACGAACUCCCUGAUCCGAGAAAUCAUCAUGCUGCCAGGGCCAGGGGCGCUUCGGAGCCGCCAGCUUCUCAGACUGGGCCUCAAAGUCGUCUCGGUGGCAAGCCCCAAGUCUCCGCCGCUCAGUACCUGAACAAUUGUACCGCCUGGGCUACAGCAAGGAACAUGGAAAGCCAGCAUCGAAGUCCCGCGGAAAUCUUGGGUCCUUCCCACGGCGUCCCAUCAGAAGAAGAUUCCAAAGUGAUUCGGCAGGCCCAGACAAGUUUUGAUCAAUUGGUCUCUUUGGCGAAGAGAAGUACUUCUCAAUCCACCGAAGUCUCGGAUGCAUCUGAGAUCGCGGCGCUCCAAGAACGGCUAGGAAAAGAGCAACAAAACAACCAAAGGCUCACAGGGGAUCACAGAAACCUCACCAAGGAGCACAAAAGGCUUAAUCGCGACUAUCGGGAACAAAGGAGCCAACUCUACGAAGCCAAUACCAGGCUACGCGAUACUCUUCUCGAAAGAGAUCAUCUACGACAGUUGCUGGAAGGGGGUACUUUCGCAAACUCUGCUAAAAUAACAGACACUGCCAUUCUCGAUGCUUGGAAGGAGCUAUCCUACAACAUUCGCGACCUCGCUUAUACACUGGCACAAGCACAAAAUGUUGAGGAUCCCAGCGAAGUCGUCAUUAGUAGAUUGCGAUGCAUGGCUCAGGGAUACAAGAAGCUUCUCCAGGAUCAAGAUUACAGCCACGCUCUCAUGCAAGGCUAUCUCUGGAGACUUAUUCACCAACGGAUCUUUCGACCUAAACAGCGUGAUGGACAAUUUUGGGGUGGCCUCCAGAUAACUAGCCUCAAGCUUGGGAAAGACGAGGUCUACUCAAAAGUCAUGUCAAAAGAAGGCAAGAAUUCAGACGAUUGGGCCACCUUGGCCCAUGCCGCACGCUCUUUUUCUCAAAUCUCGGUCAUGUUCAACAAGCUCUGGAAUGAUAACAAUGGGCUCAUCAAAACAGUUGUCUCGCGGGAAACUGAGCUUCUGACACCAUUCUUUUUGCGCCGCUCCCCUAGAACUGACAGGACUCAAGGGAAGAUCAAUGAGCAGCUGACCGAAAUCUUCAAAUCCGCAAUCGAACUGGACAAGAUGAUGAUGUGUUCCCAGGCGUACUUCAUGAUUGAAUGGAACGUACCUGGAAAAAAGCCACCUACAAAAUCUCGAUAUGACAAGGACUCCAUGGAAUCUGUUUUCCAAGAGGUCAAGCUUAGCCCCAAGAGUCUGGUCGAAUUCCUCGCAUCUCCCAUCCUGUCGAAAUCAGGUACAGCGGAUGGUCAGAAAUACAAUAUCAGAAAUGUGUUGGCCAAGGCUUCUGUCAUCUGCAACUGA